CGAAAUAGUGAAGGUGAUAUCAAAGAGUGAUGCGUCAAAUUGAAGAUUACUAUGUAUCCAUAUAAGUGCUAAGAGUGUACAACAUCACCUGUUUCGAUAAUUAAGCCUCUAUAAAUAGCCUCUACAAGUUGUUAAUGAACGCAACUGAAAGUCAAUCAAUCACGUUCGGUGCAUAUGAUAAACAGAUUUAAAAAACAGUACAAUGAGCGAUGCUGACGUAUCCCUUCAAAACACAACCUCGUCGCUGUCACUUUUGGAUUUACCCAUUGAGAUACUCCUCCACAUCUGCUCUUACUUGGAUGCAGUAACGUUGGUUCAUAGUUUGAGUCUAGUCUGCAAAGAAUUCAACGCUAUCCUCAAUGAUGAUUCUUUAUGGAAAGCAAGAAUUAGUCAGAUGUGCCCACAUUCUGGGUUCCCUGUCCUGCCUCUUGUGGAAGAAGAUGAAUUAUUUUGGAAGCUGUCUUGUGUAGCACUCGAAAGGCAGACUGUAUUAUGGGAUCAAGAUGGAGAAACUAUGGAAAGAUUAUCUUUAGCAAACGCCCAUUAUGGUACCAUUGAUGGCAUUCUGCUCAUGAACCAAGGAAAAAUCUGUAUAUCUGGAGCAAGAGAUCGCUCUCUGGUGUACUGGGUUUUACCAAAUGAAGAAAAUGAUAACAACCAAUUAAAGAUAACGAACGAUGCUCAUGAUGGAUGGAUCUGGGAUUUGACUGCCAUAGAUGAUACCAUCUACAGUUGUAGCUGGGAUCGAACUAUAAAAGCUUGGAAACUCACGGAAACCGGACUCAUUCAUGCAACAAAUUAUGAGAUGUACAUGGACGUUACAGGGGCCCUAUUGUGUGUAACGUCAUGUCCAGAUCUACGUCUAUUCGCAGCUGGAUCAUUUUGCAAGACAGUAUUGCUAUUUGACCCUCGGUCUGAUCAACCGCUUAUAGACAAAUAUCAACCACAUCAGCGUGCGGUUGUCACAAUUGCUAUGAAUGGCAAUUAUAUUCUCUCUGCUAGUGAAGAUAAGACAGUUGCUGUUUGGGAUCAGAGAAAUAGAAAAAUUAUGAAAACGAUCAAGAUUUCCAAGGAUCACUUUCCUAUGAGGAUCUCAAUGCAAAAAAACACAGUUUAUGUGGGAAACAACGGAGGCAGGUUGCAUGUUCUAGAUCCCAGCAAUGACUUUGAGAUAGCGAAAGAAUAUGCAAGUGGGCAUAACAAAGCAAUUACUGGAGUUCACCAGGCUGCUGGUCACCUGAUCACAAGUUCCUUGGAUAAAUCUGUCCGAAUAUCGAGUCCGACAGACCCACCAAAACUCCUUGCAACUUUGCAUUCCAGCUAUGGGGAAGUAGCUAGUAUGGACUACAUGAAUGAGGUACUGGCUAUAUCAGGUAGUAGUGGAGUAGAGAUAUGGAGACCUAAGAACGGAGUAUAGCUUACCGCAACGUUUUCUAUGAGCGGAAAAAUCGUCAAGCCACAGCCUUAAUGAUUAAUAAUUCAUUCCACUAAUUCUGUUUUAAUGAGUUACUUUCUAACCAUGUUAAUAAACGAAUGCUUUACUAAAUAA